ACUGCGCAUGUGUAGAGAUCUAGCCACGCCUCCCGCGCUUGUUGCGCGACGAUGAAGAACCGUUUUGUCCUCCCCCUCGGCUUCCUCUUACUGGCUCUGUGUGGAGCUGGGGAGGCAGCCAAGAAGCAGAAGAAACUGGAGAUUAUCACUGAGAGUGCUCCUGACGACUGCUCCGUUCUGGCUGCGAAAGGAGACUCUCUAACAGUUCACUACACUGGUAAGCUGCAAUCUAAUGGACAAGUGUUUGAUUCUUCUAAGAGAGAUGGCCGCGAACCCUUUACUGUAACACUAGGUGCCGGAUCUGUUAUAAAAGGAUGGGAGGAGGGACUUGUUGGUAUGUGUGAAGGUGAAUUUAGGAGACUGAUCAUCCCUCCACACCUUGCAUACGGAGACGCUGGUAUCCCUGACACCAUUCCAGGGGGAGCAACUCUAGAAUUUGAGGUGGAGCUGUUGAAGCUGUCGAAACCGUCGUAUUUCAGCACACCGCCUCAGCUGACAGGAUUCAUGAUGGCAGUCCUGGUGGUGCUCGUGGCAUUCCUCGCCGUUUACGAGUUGUACAAACGAGCGGGCAAGCAGGGGGCGGAGCUUAAAAGCAGCAAGAAACGAGACAAGGAAGCUAGGAGGAGCAGUGGGAAAGGAUAUCGGAAAAAGCAGUAGAAUUCUUAUCUAGCGCUGUUUCAUUUCCCUCCACAUUUUGAAAAUUUUCUGCAAUGUAAAAUUGUUAGACAGGU